CACCCUCCCUAUUGUCAGUCGCAAAGAGAGAGAGAGGGAGAAAGAGAGAGAGAGAGAACACAAGAAUGAAGCCACUGAUCAAAGCAUCAUCUUCAUCUUCACCUUCUUCUGCUCUGAGAAAAGCUUCUCUUUCCCCGUAUCUCUUCGUGUCUCUAGCCUUCCUUCUGUUCGUCGCCGUCCUCUACGGCGAGAACUUGUGCAUGUUUGGCCAACAACUCCAACUGUCCCGACCCCUAUCAAGAACUGAGAAGAAGUAUGACGAGGCGUUGCCGUUCGCGAUCGGGGAGGCCGCAGAAGGUUGUGACAUAUUCAGAGGGAGGUGGGUGAGGGACAAGUCGACUCGGCUGCAUUACGAGGAAUCACAGUGUCCGUAUAUUCAGCCUCAGUUGACUUGCCAAGCUCAUGGAAGGCCUGAUAAGGAGUAUCAGUUCUGGAGAUGGCAACCUCACGGUUGCUCUCUUCCCAGCUUUAAUGCCACAUUAAUGCUCGAGACACUGAGAGGGAAGAGGAUGAUGUUCGUUGGAGAUUCCUUGAACAGGGGACAAUUCGUUUCAAUGGUCUGUCUUCUCCAAACAGUCAUUCCCGAAGGUGCUAAAUCGAUGGAAACUUUUGGUUCCCUACAAGUUUUCACUGCCAAGGACUAUAAUGCAACAGUCGAGUUCUAUUGGGCGCCAUUUCUUCUGGAGUCAAAUUCAGAUAACGCAAUAGUGCACCGAGUACCAGAUAGGAUGGUGCGAAAAGGUUCGAUCAACAAGCAUGGGAAACACUGGAAAGGAGUCGAUAUAAUAGUGUUCAAUACCUAUCUGUGGUGGAUGACCGGCAUGAAGAUGAAAGUCUUGAAAGGUUCAUUUGAUGAUGAGGUGAAGGAUUUUGUGGAGCUGUCGACUGAGGACGCUUACAGAAUAGCGUUGAAAAGCAUGGUGAGAUGGACUCAAAAGAACAUGGACCCCAAGAAAACAAGAGUCUUCUUUGUUACCAUGUCACCUUUACAUACCAAGAGCACCGAAUGGGGCGGCGCACCGGGUGGCAACUGCUACAACGAGACGGCGAUGAUCGAGGAUCCGAACUACUGGGGCUCGGAUUGCUCAAAAAGCAUAAUGCGGGUGAUCGGACAAGUGUUCAGCAAGGCCGAGGUCCCCAUCACCGUCCUCAACAUCACUCAGCUCUCGAGCUACCGCAAAGACGCGCACACCUCCAUCCACAAGAAGCAGUGGAAUCCUCUCACUCCCGAGCAGCUGGCCAACCCGGUGAGCUAUGCCGACUGCGUCCACUGGUGCUUGCCUGGCCUUCAUGACACUUGGAACGAGCUUCUCUUCACGAGGCUCUUUUAUCCUUGAUGAUGCCAAGUAGCAGGAACCGAGGAGUGAAAUGGGCUUUAUGUACAGUUCGACUUUGGGGGAGAGGAAUAGCUAUGGAAUUUGAUGUGAAGUAUAUGAGUUCGAUUUUUUUUUUUUUUUUUUUUUUUUUUGAGGGGAGCCCCUCCCGGGGGGUUGGUGAAAGGUGUUGUCCCAUGUUAGAUUUGGAGAAAAUUGAAUUUAUUUUUGGUAUGAAGGGAGAAAAUUUUUCCUUCACAAAAGAUUUAGGUCUAGAUUGCUUGCUCGUACAUGCAAUGGGAUAAUAGAAGCUGGAGGUUUUUGCUUGUUUAGUUUGGACCUCAUUUUCUGGGGAACUUCUUCCUUGGAUUUGAAUCCAUUAAGUCAAGUGCAUUACAAUUA